GACUCACCAGGCCACCACAGAUCGACGAGAGGGGCAUCAGAUUCGCGGACUCGAAUCCAAGCAAGACCCGAGAGGAGGAGAGUGAUCGGAGAUGAAGACCUUCGACCCGUGGCCGGUGUUCUUCCGCCGGGAGUGGGGCCGCAACUGGCCCUUCCUCGCCGGCUUCGCCGUCACCGGCAUCCUCAUCACCAAGCUCACCGCCGGCUUCACCGAGGAGGACCUCAAGAACUCCAAGUUCGUCCAGGAGCAUAACAAGUGAACGACCGACCGGCCGGUUCGCCAGGAACAGUAGCGGAGUUACCGGCCUGUGUCCUGAAAAUGGGGAUAGCCAGUUCUUUUUGCCGUUCUGAUCUCACUUUAGCCCGUUGUUCAAUGUCAACCAUGCACACUUUUUGGUCCAUUCUGUAAUAAUCUAAUAAGAGGCGCUUGAAUAUUGGCUCUGGGUUAAGUGGACAUGGUGCCAUUGCUGACUUGAA